UUACUGAAUUUCCAAUUAGAGAGCACCAACCUGUGUCAAAGGUCACCUUCAUUAUAUAAAGACUAGGGCCGACUCUCUCGAUCUCUAGCUCUCUCUUUAGCAAUGGCCGUCCGCUCAGCUCUCCGACUGCUCCGACCACUCUCUAAGGGCAACACAAGAUGGACCCCCAAUCUAACCUCUGCUAGGUACGAGACAACAGACUGCGGACUAAAGGACAUCAUGGCCGACCUUGUUCCUGAGAAACAAAAACAAGUAAAAGAGUUUCGAGCUAAACACGGCGACUUUGUUGUAGGAGAUGUCACUGUUGAUAUGAUGUACGGAGGCAUGCGUGGUAUUCGCGGCCUAGUCACAGAGACGUCUCUAUUGGACCCAGAGGAGGGGAUCAGGUUCCGUGGCUACAGUAUCCCUGAGUGUCAGGAGCUCUUGCCCAAGGCUGAUGGUGGAGCAGAGCCUCUACCAGAGGGUCUCUUCUAUCUCCUCCUCACAGGAAAUAUACCAACCAAGGAUGAGGUGAGGGCCAUCUCCAGGGAUUGGGCCAGUCGCGCUGACCUCCCUCAACAUGUGGUUCAGAUGGUCAACAACUUCCCAACUUCCCUCCACCCCAUGGCCCAGUUCAGUGCUGCCGUUACAGCGAUGCACUCUGAGAGCAAGUUUGCCAAGGCCUACGCUGACGGUACACACAAGACAAAGUACUGGGAGUCUACAUAUGAAGAUGCUAUGGACCUCAUAGCCAAGCUGCCCACACUGGCAUCUGCCAUCUAUUGCAAUGUAUAUCGUGAUGGCAAGGUUGGAGCCAUCGACCCUAACAAGGAUUGGUCUGCCAACUUCACCUCUAUGCUUGGCUAUGAUAAUAACAUGUUCACUGAAUUGAUGCGUCUCUACCUGACCAUCCAUGCUGACCAUGAGGGUGGGAACGUGAGCGCUCACACGUGUCAUCUCGUGGGCUCUGCACUCUCUGACCCUUAUCUGUCAUUCUCUGCUGGUAUGAAUGGCCUGGCUGGACCCCUGCAUGGGCUGGCUAAUCAGGAAGUGCUGGUCUGGUUGACUAAUGUAUUUGAGCAAGUAGGAUCGAAUGUCACUAAGGAUCAGCUGAGAGAGUUCCUGUGGAGCACUCUCAAUAGUGGUCAGGUUGUGCCUGGGUUUGGCCAUGCUGUACUGCGUAAGACAGACCCACGCUACAUGUGUCAGAGAGAGUUUGCUCAGAAGCAUCUUCCCGACGACCCAAUGUUCCAUCUAGUCAGUCAACUAUUUGAGGUAGCCCCUGAUGUCCUUACAGAGCAUGGCAAGACUAAGAACCCAUGGCCGAAUGUAGACGCUCACAGCGGAGUACUGCUACAGUAUUACGGUAUGACUGAGAUGAGCUACUACACUGUGUUGUUUGGUGUGUCUCGUGCUCUGGGUGUACUCAGCUCCCUGGUGUGGGACCGUGCACUGGGACUACCAAUAGAGAGGCCUAAGAGCUUCACCACCGAGGCUCUCAUCAAGAUGGCCAGCAAAUGAACACUUGGAUAUAUUAGCUAGUACUUAGAUAGUAGGCUAACAGUGUAGAAGUACUUCAACGUAUAAUUAUUAAUAUUGACAAAUGAUUUUUAGUGAGAAAAUAUCAAUUAAAAUCAAUCAAA